AUGAGGCACAAAGGAGAAAGAAGAGGAAGAAUAGAGUCUGGAAAACCAAACUUUGAAAGCCGCAAGCGCAAAAAUGAUGCAAAURGAUGUGACGAAGCGAGGGAUGUGAAGCGGAGGGGYAAUACAAACMGUGCUGAMRACCUCGAUCYCASAGAAGGGRRUGUCGUGAAACCAAUAUCGUUCACAGCUCUGAGAAAAGUUUGCGAUAUCACUGAGAACGAUGAAGCCAUGUUGGAAAUCCUCAAAAUGGCAGAACGAUAUAUUGCUCUUCUUAAUUCCACAGAGAAAAUUCGUGAAGAACUUUUUAUGCUGAUCAUCGAUAGCCUAGUGAAGAUCUUAAAGUCGAAAAAUCGUCCAACUCAAGUAAAGUAUAUUCUUUGUCAAACCCAUCAAAAGUUCCUUGUGACCCAUCUUACUCCUUUUAUUCUGACGUUGUCGGAUAACAAAGACCAAAACUUCGAAGAACUUAUUUUAAAGCUCGUCACAAUCAUUGAAGUAAUGCUGCAGCGCAUGCCGGGGGAAGUAGUAGACAUUGUACCAAUAAUCCAUUUGAGGGACGUGGUAAAACAGUUUCACGAGAAAGGUCUUGUUAGCGAUCAAGUCAAACGUCGAAUGAAGGAAGCUAAAGCGUUAUGGGAAAAAGUGAAAAAAGAAACUGGUAAUAAAGCUUUAAGUGAAAAGCCUCCCGAUAAUUUCCGUGAUUUGAGUGUGGUUCCAGAUUACAAGGACUUUCAACCUGGGGCUAAACCUUUUGUGCGUGCCAAUGUCAUUGACAAGGCUUACAUUAGCGUUGAGCAUUAUUUAGAUGUUCAGUUUCGACUGCUUCGGGAAGAUUUAAUCAUCCCUCUAAGAGAUGGAGUAAAACAGCUGCGAAAGGAGAAAACGAUGUUGGAAAAAGGAUCUCAAGGAGAUCGUAAGACCACAAAGAAGAGACGACAGGUAUUUGUCUAUCAAGAUGUGAAGAUCCUUAACCCAGUGUGCAAUCGUGAAGGCGGUGUUUAUCGAAUCUGCAUCGAUAUAAGCCAUCCAGCUUUGCAACGAGUGCAAUGGAAAAAGUCAAAAAGACUAAAGUUCGGCGCCCUCGUUUGUGUUUCUCCAGAUUCUUUUCACACGUUAUAUUUUGGCUCAGUCGAGGAGCGUGACCCAGCAGAUUUGAAUUACGGAGAGCUACAGAUACGUUUUGACAACUGCAAUGGGCAACAGAUGCGUUAUUUCAUAGAAAACAAGACAAGUUUUCAAAUGGUUGAAA